AUGGAUACCAUUCAGAAGUCAGUGAUUACGCCUCUUCAGCCUUAUUUGGCGCCUAUUGUGUCAGCCAUCCCCGAGCCAGUACAUGAUGCCGUUGUGUCCUUGAUUGGAAAAUCUUGCCACGGCGCACUGUUGGUCGACCUCGAUGUCACUAAGGACCCCGCCUGCACAUCACUCGCCAUCUCCAAGGCUCUCGGCAUUGCCAUCGUUGGUGCUAGUGCAGUUGUGAAAAUCCCACAGAUUCUGAAGCUGAUCAACUCCCGCUCAUCGGCCGGUGUCUCAUUCGUCUCCUACGCCCUCGAAACCGCCAGCUUGCUCAUCACUCUUUCGUACAGCGUGCGGAACCAGUUCCCAUUCAGCACCUAUGGUGAGACUGCUCUCAUCGCUGUCCAGGAUAUUGCCAUCGGUGUUUUGGUCCUGAACUAUGCCGGACGCUCCGCCGCCGCGGCAGCUUUCAUUGCCGUCGUAGCUGCCAACGUUUAUGCGCUAUUGUUCGACCAGACUCUUAUAGAUGCACAGACUAUGUCCUACCUGCAGGCUGGUGCGGGUGCUUUGGGUGUUGCUAGCAAGGCCCCUCAAAUCUAUACCAUCUGGAGCAAUGGAGGUACCGGGCAGCUUAGCGCAUUCACGGUCUUCAACUACCUCAUCGGAUCCUUGUCCCGAAUCUUUACCACCCUUCAAGAAGUCGACGACAAGUUUAUUCUCUACGGAUUCAUUGGUGGCUUCUCACUGAACGUAAUCCUCGCAAUCCAGAUGCUUUGGUACUGGAACGCCGCCCCGGCACCUAAGCAGAAAGCUGCUCCUCGCACAAAGCCAGUUGAGAUAGCACCCUCAGCCCAGAGCACGGGAGCGUCCCCCAGGCCUAGCGUGAAGACGCCCACCACCCGCCGACGGGGUUAG